GCGGCCACGGGAGCGGAGGAGCGGCGCGCGCUCUGCCGGACACACGCAGCUGCAGGGCGGGUAAAAGAUGGCUCUCAGUGGCCGGCGGCUGUUGUGCUUGAUCGGGGGAGCCUGCUUCUGGCUGCCGGUGUGCUGCGGCCAGGUGGUGGCGGAAGACAGUUACCUAAACGAGGUGCAGAACUCAGUCCCCCUGUCCUGCUCCGAGGGAUUCACCGAGCUGGGCUACUACAAUGGCACCGUGUCCCAGACGGACUCGGGCGUGCCGUGCCUCAAGUGGACCGAGUUCCCCGACUAUGUGGUGCAGUACCCGGGCCGGGGGCUGGGAGACCACAGCUACUGCCGGAACCCGGAUCGGGAGUCCAACCCGUGGUGCUUCUUUCGACAGAACUCGGGGGCCAUCGGCUGGGCCUACUGCGACUGUCACCAGGGCGCGGCUCGGCUGGUGGGCGGCUCGUCAUCCAGCAGCGGCCGGGUGGAAGUCUACCUGAACGGCCAGUGGGGGGCGGUGUGCGACUCUCACUGGUCCGACAGAGACGCCAGCGUCAUCUGCAGGCAGCUGGGGUUGAGCGACAUCGGCACGGCGCUGCAGCACUCCCAGUUCGGCUCGGGCUCCGGCCUCUACCACUUUGAGCGGCUGGGUUGCCGUGGCGACGAGAAGAGCUUGAGCGCGUGCAGGAGCAAGACGUUUGUCACGGGAGACUGUAACCAUGGAAACGAGGCGACGGUGCUCUGCGCGCCUCCUGAAGGAAGCGGACCUCCACUGCGACUGGUCGGAGGCGAGGAAGACUUCGAGGGUCGCGUGGAGGUCUUCCACAGCGGGAGGUGGGGCUCCGUGUGCGACGACCAAUGGGACGACAGGGACGCCGAGGUGGUGUGCAGACAGCUGGGCUACAGUGGUGUGGCCAAGGCCUGGUCCUGGGCACACUUUGGUCAGGGUGCUGGUCCCAUUAUGCUGGACGCUGUGCGCUGCACAGGAAACGAGCUGUUCCUGGAUCAGUGUUCCCAUGGCGACUGGGAGCAGCACAACUGUGACCACAUGGAGGACGCCGGCGUCUCUUGCAGCCCAUACACAGACGGCGUGGUGCGCCUGGUAGGUGGAGACAGUCCCUGGGAAGGCCGAGUGGAGGUCCUCCACAGCGGGGACUGGGGGACGGUGUGUGAUGACCACUGGACCCAGCAGCAUGCCCAGGUGGUGUGUGGACAGCUGGGCUACAGGGGUCACGCAGAGGUGGUGUCAGGCGGGACGUUUGGCGAAGGUGCGGGUCUGAUCCUGCUGGACGACGUCCACUGCGACGGCUCAGAGACCUCGUUGCUGGACUGCCGCCACGGCAUCUGGGGUCGCACCGACUGCUCCCAUGGCGAGGACGUGGGCGUGCGCUGCAGAGGACGCAGCAGCACCGACACCAACGAGGUUCCCGCCAUCGCUCUUUCUACAGGUCCACUGGUGCGUCUGGCGGGGGGCAGCAGCAGGAAGGAGGGGCGUGUGGAGGUCUAUCUCCAUGGCGACUGGGGCGUCAUUUGUGACUCGGGCUGGAACGACCUCAACGCAGCCGUGGUGUGCAGGCAGCUGGGACACAGUGCCGGGGCGGUGGCCGCCGGGGGCUUUGGGCAAGGCAAAGGCCCGGUGCACCUGGACCAGGUGAGGUGCACGGGCAAGGAGGAGUUCUUGGGCGAGUGUCCUUCCCUGGGCCAAAGCAUCAUGGGCUGCAGACGCAGGCAGGCGGCGGGGGUCAGGUGUGACGUUGCGGCGGCGGUUCAAGUCCCGCGCCAGGAGCUGAGCUGUGGCCUGAGGAAGCUGCAGGGGGAAGGGGGGAGGAGUACGCUCAGGACGGCGUGGCCCUGGCAGGUGUCCAUGUGGCUCCAGUCUCAGAGUGCAGAUGGCGGGGGUCCUCUCUGCAGCGCCACCCUGAUAAGCGCCUGCUGGGCGCUGACGUCCGCCACCUGCUUCAGCAGGUUCGGGAGCGACCCGUCCAGGUACGUGCUGCGCCUGGGGGCCUCGGAGCAGACCAUCAGUCCCGAGCAGGUGGUGGUCCACAGGAAAUUCAAAGGUCAGAGCGGCGGCCACGACCUGGCUCUGCUGAAGCUGCCCAGCGCUAAGGGCCACUGUUUGGCCUUCGAUCCCGACGUCAACGCCGCCUGCCUCCCCGCGGCCGACUCGGCACCCGCCGGCGCGCCCUCGUCCUGCGUCGUCAUGGUUACCACCGGCUGGAGCGGAGCAGACUCGGUGCUGGCGUCCUGGGUGCCCCUCAUGUCGCCAUGGCAAUGCAAGAAGCGCCACGGCGACAGCUUCUCCAGCCACGCCGUCCUCUGCGCCGGCAGCCCCCCGGACACCAGCCUCCUCCACGGCGACGGUUGCCGGGGCAACUCCGGAGGCGGGCUGCUGUGUCAGGGGGAGUUGGGUCGAUGGGUCCUGGAGGGGGUGGUCGCCGGCGACUACGACUGCGCCGAGCCCUCCUCGCCGGCGCUCUACACACGAGUCGGACGCUUGCGGGGCUGGAUCGACGAGGUCGUUGACGGCCAGAGCGGCCGACGAGGGGUCACGUCCAGUUCGGAAACCAACGACAUCGUCAUCGGCCUCAGACGGCAACACCAACACCACGCGGCUUGACCGCCCGGGUCAUGUGACCGCCUCGGAGGGGGGGGGGGGGGGUAAUUCAAAUCUGAACUCACCUCCGCCGAUUGGCCAGCUGGCUGUGUGUGGGCGGAGCUUGCUGUGUUGCCCCUGACGACGGCCCCAAAAAUGGCGCAGCAUGUGCUUUUACUUUGAAAAGAAAACAGUGGCUAGUGUGUGCAGCUACACAACAUGCAAGCACACCUUUUGUCCCCACAAAACAAAGAAGAAAGAAGGGCUUUUUUUUUGCUUUUUCUUCAUCAUUUCAAGCCAUGACUAAGCUACUUUCAACAUGGAACCUUCCAACGUUUCCGCAUUAAUACUUCCUGUCUUUCUCACCACUGAUUUUACCAAUCAUCAUUCACCAAUAACACAAGAGCUGUAUGCACUAAAUAACCCUCAGUCAGGUAUUUAUCUGACCAGAACUCUCAGUCAGGUAUUUAUCUGACAAUAACACUCAGUCAGGUAUUUAUCUGACAAUAACUCUCAGUCAGGUAUUUAUCUGACCAUAACUCUCAGUCAGGUAUUUAACUGACAAUAACACUCAGUCAGGUAUUUAUCUGACCACAACACUCAGUCAGGUAUUUAUCUGACCACAGGACUCAGUCAGGUAUUUAUCUGACCAUAACUCUCAGUCAGGUAUUUAUCUGACCAUAACUCUCAGUCAGGUAUUUAUCUGACCAUAACUCUCAGUCAGGUAUUUAUCCGACCAUAGGACUCAGUCAGGUAUUUAUCUGACCAUAACUCUCAGUCAGGUAUUUAUCUGACCAUAACUCUCAGUCAGGUAUUUAUCUGACCAUAACUCUCAGUCAGGUAUUUAUCCGACCAUAGGACUCAGUCAGGUAUUUAUCUGACCAUAACUCUCAGUCAGGUAUUUAUCUGACCAUAACUCUCAGUCAGGUAUUUAUCCGACCACAACACUCAGUCAGGUAUUUAUCUGACCAUAACUCUCAGUCAGGUAUUUAUCUGACCAUAACUCUCAGUCAGGUAUUUAUCCGACCAUAGGACUCAGUCAGGUAUUUAUCUGACCAUAACUCUCAGUCAGGUAUUUAUCUGACCAUAACUCUCAGUCAGGUAUUUAUCCGACCAUAGGACUCAGUCAGGUAUUUAUCUGACCAUAACUCUCAGUCAGGUAUUUAUCUGACCAUAACUCUCAGUCAGGUAUUUAUCUGACCAUAACUCUCAGUCAGGUAUUUAUCCGACCAUAGGACUCAGUCAGGUAUUUAUCUGACCAUAACUCUCAGUCAGGUAUUUAUCUGACCAUAACUCUCAGUCAGGUAUUUAUCUGACCAUAACUCUCAGCCAGGUAUUUAUCUGACCACAGGACUCAGUCAGGUAUUUAUCUGACCAUAACUCUCAGUCAGGUAUUUAUCUGACCAUAACACUCAGUCAGGUAUUUAUCUGACCAUAACUCUCAGUCAGGUAUUUAUCUGACCAUAACUCUCAGUCAGGUAUUUAUCUGACCAUAACUCUCAGUCAGGUAUUUAUCUGACCAUAACUCUCAGUCAGGUAUUUAUCUGACCAUAACACUCAGUCAGGUAUUUAUCUGACCAUAACACUCAGUCAGGUAUUUAUCUGACCAUAGGACUCAGUCAGGUAUUUAUCUGACAAUAACACUCAGUCAGGUAUUUAUCCGACCAUAACUCUCAGUCAGGUAUUUAUCUGACCAUAACUCUCAGUCAGGUAUUUAUCUGACCAUAACUCUCAGUCAGGUAUUUAUCUGACCAUAACUCUCAGUCAGGUAUUUAUCUGACCAUAACUCUCAGUCAGGUAUUUAUCUGACCAUAACUCUCAGUCAGGUAUUUAUCUGACCAUAACACUCAGUCAGGUAUUUAUCUGACCAUAACUCUCAGUCAGGUAUUUAUCUGACCAUAACUCUCAGUCAGGUAUUUAUCUGACCAUAACUCUCAGUCAGGUAUUUAUCUGACCAUAACUCUCAGUCAGGUAUUUAUCUGACCAUAACACUCAGUCAGGUAUUUAUCUGACCAUAACUCUCAGUCAGGUAUUUAUCUGACCAUAACUCUCAGUCAGGUAUUUAUCUGACCAUAACUCUCAGUCAGGUAUUUAUCUGACCAUAACACUCAGUCAGGUAUUUAUCUGACCAUAACACUCAGUCAGGUAUUUAUCUGACCAUAGGACUCAGUCAGGUAUUUAUCUGACAAUAACACUCAGUCAGGUAUUUAUCCGACCAUAACUCUCAGUCAGGUAUUUAUCUGACCAUAACUCUCAGUCAGGUAUUUAUCUGACCAUAACUCUCAGUCAGGUAUUUAUCUGACCAUAACUCUCAGUCAGGUAUUUAUCUGACCAUAACUCUCAGUCAGGUAUUUAUCUGACCAUAACUCUCAGUCAGGUAUUUAUCUGACCAUAACACUCAGUCAGGUAUUUAUCUGACCAUAACUCUCAGUCAGGUAUUUAUCUGACCAUAACUCUCAGUCAGGUAUUUAUCUGACCAUAACUCUCAGUCAGGUAUUUAUCUGACCAUAACUCUCAGUCAGGUAUUUAUCUGACCAUAACACUCAGUCAGGUAUUUAUCUGACCAUAACUCUCAGUCAGGUAUUUAUCUGACCAUAACUCUCAGUCAGGUAUUUAUCUGACCAUAACUCUCAGUCAGGUAUUUAUCUGACCAUAACACUCAGUCAGGUAUUUAUCUGACCAUAACACUCAGUCAGGUAUUUAUCUGACCAUAGGACUCAGUCAGGUAUUUAUCUGACAAUAACACUCAGUCAGGUAUUUAUCCGACCAUAACUCUCAGUCAGGUAUUUAUCUGACCAUAACUCUCAGUCAGGUAUUUAUCUGACCAUAACACUCAGUCAGGUAUUUAUCUGACCAUAACUCUCAGUCAGGUAUUUAUCUGACCAUAACUCUCAGUCAGGUAUUUAUCUGACCAUAACUCUCAGUCAGGUAUUUAUCUGACCAUAACACUCAGUCAGGUAUUUAUCUGACCAUAACUCUCAGUCAGGUAUUUAUCUGACCAUAACUCUCAGUCAGGUAUUUAUCUGACCAUAACUCUCAGUCAGGUAUUUAUCUGACCAUAACUCUCAGUCAGGUAUUUAUCUGACCAUAACACUCAGUCAGGUAUUUAUCUGACCAUAACUCUCAGUCAGGUAUUUAUCUGACCAUAACACUCAGUCAGGUAUUUAUCUGACCAUAACUCUCAGUCAGGUAUUUAUCUGACCAUAACACUCAGUCAGGUAUUUAUCUGACCAGAACUCUCAGUCAGGUAUUUAUCUGACCAUAACUCUCAGUCAGGUAUUCAUCUGACCAUAACUCUCAGUCAGGUAUUUAUCUGACCACAGGACUCAGUCAGGUAUUUAUCUGACCAUAACACUCAGUCAGGUAUUUAUCUGACCAUAACUCUCAGUCAGGUAUUUAUCUGACCAUAACUCUCAGUCAGGUAUUUAUCUGACCAUAACUCUCAGUCAGGUAUUUAUCUGACCACAGGACUCAGUCAGGUAUUUAUCUGACCAUAACUCUCAGUCAGGUAUUUAUCUGACCAUAGGACUCAAUCAGGUAUUUAUCUGACAAUAACACUCAGUCAGGUAUUUAUCCGACCAUAACUCUCAGUCAGGUAUUUAUCUGACCAUAACUCUCAGUCAGGUAUUUAUCUGACCAUAACUCUCAGUCAGGUAUUUAUCUGACCAUAACUCUCAGUCAGGUAUUUAUCUGACCAUAACUCUCAGUCAGGUAUUUAUCUGACCAUAACUCUCAGUCAGGUAUCAUCAGACUGAACACUGCUAGAGUUAAGUCCAUCAUUAUGUCCCAAAUGACCUCAUUUACUACAUUUUCUAUUUGGAAAUGUCGCUCCAAAGUACAAACGCCUGUUUCCGCCACUGAAAAAAAAAAUACCCCAAAAAUAUCUCAGAUUUAUGAGAGAGAAUAUCAUAAAAAUGAGAUCAGAAAGUUGAAAAUAAUCGAGAUUAAAAAGUGGAAAUGUUGUGUUACAUCUUGUUUGUGUCUCACUUUUUAUUUCCUAAUCCUGACUUUUCAUGUCAUCAUUUCCACGUUAUGUCAUUCAUUUGACAUUUUAUCCUAGAAUUCUGAAUUUUUAUAUAAUAAUUUUAUUUUCAUUUCAUAAUUAUAGCUUUUAAACUCAUAAUUUCGACUUUCUUCUGUCAUUGUUUCGACGUUUUAUCUCAGAAUUCUGAAUUUUCAUCUAAUACUGACUUUAUUUCAUAAUUAUGACAUUUUUAUUUCAUAAUUAUGACUUUAUAUCUGAGAAUUCAUAAAUUGUUUCUAAUAAUUAUGACUUUAAUUCAUAAUUAUGAAUUUAUUUCAUAAUUGAGGCUUUUUAUCUGAUUAUGACUUUAUUUAAAUUUGAAGGGCUUUAUUCCAUAAUUACAACUUUUAAUUUUGUAUUAUAACUUUAUCUCAUGUGUUGGUCAUUUUAUUUUAUAAUUUAACCUUUAAUGUCAUCAUUUUGACUUUAUCUCAUUAAUUAGACUCUGAUCUCAGAAGUCUGAUUUUUUAUCAAAUAUUUAUGACUUUUUAUUUCAUAAUAAUCACAUUCAUAUCAUAUUAUCGGAAUUAUUUCAAAAUUCAGGCUUUCUAUGUCAUCAUCCUGACUUUUUAUCUCAUGAUUGUUUUUGUUUUUAUUUUCGGGGGCUUUUUAUUCCAUAAUUUGAAAUGUUUAUAACUUUAUCUCAUUAUUCGACUUUUUAUUUUAUAAUUAAAACAUUUGAUGUCAGCAUUUUGUCCUUCGUUCAUUAAUUCGACUUUUUAUCUAAUAAUUAUGACUUUUUAUUUCAUAAUCAUGAUUUUCUUUCAUAAUUAUGACUUUUGAUGUCAUUUCGACUAUUUCAUUCAUUAAAAUUUUUAUCUCCGAAUUUAAAUUUUCUAACUAAUAAUUAGGACUUUUGAUGUCAUCAUUUCGACUUUAUCGCAUUAAUUUGACUUUUAUCUCAGAAUUCUGAUUUUUGUAUUUAAUAAUUGUGACUUUUUAAUUCAUAAUUAUGACUAUUUCAUAAUUCAGGCUUUUUAUUUCAUCAUCCUCAUGAUUAUGGCUUUUUUUUGGUGGUUAUAAUUAGAACUUUAUCUCAUAUUAUAGACUUUUUAUUUCAUGAUCAGGACUUUUAAUCUCAUUAUUUCGACUUUCUAUCUCAAUCUUUCAAUGUUUUAUCUAGGAAUUCCGCUUUUUAAAUCUAGUAAUUAUGACUUAUUAUUUCAUGAUUAUGACAAUUUCAUAAUUCAGGCUUUUCAUCUCAUGAUUAUGGCUUUUUUAUUUGAUUUUGGGGGGCUUUUUAUGUCAUAAUUAUAACUUUAUCUCAUAUUUUCGUCUUUUUAUUUUAUAAUUAGGACUUUCUAUCUUUUAUCUCAGAAUUCUGAUUUUUUUCCCAUCAAAUAAUUAUGACUCUUUUUAUCAUAACUAUGAUCUCAUUUCGACUUUAUCUCAUUAAUGCAACUUUUUAUCUCAUUAAUUGGAUGUUUUAUCCCAGAAUUCAGUUUAUUUAAUCUCCCACGAUUAUGGCUUUAUUUACAUGUUUUGGUCUUUUUAUUCCAUAAUUACAAUUCAUGUUGUAAUUAUAACUUUAUCUCAUAUUUUCACAUUUUUAUUUCAUAACUUUCGAUCUCAUAAUUUUGACUUCUCAGAAUUCUGAAUUUCUAACUAAUAAUUACAACUUUUUAUUUCAUAAUUCAGGCUAUGGCUUUUGUAAAAUUUUGGUGGGGCUUUUUAUUCCGUAAUUAGACAUUUUUAUGUUAUAAUUAUAACUUUAUCUCUUAUGUUCGACUUUUUAUCUCAUAAUUAGGACUUUAUUUCAUAAUUUCGACUCUUCACAUAAUUAUGACUGAUCUCAUCAUUUUAAAUUUUCACGUCAUAACUUCGACUUUUUAUUUCAUCAUUUCGAUCUUUUACCUCAUUUACUUGUAGAACUCACAAUUUCGAUUUUUUAAUCUCUCAAUUUUGACUUUAUAUCAUCAAUUCGACUUUUAAAAAAUCUCAUAAUUUAAACUAUGAUAAUGACUUACCAUUGGGGUAUUUUUUUAUCGACAUAGACGAUAAGAUUAAAAAAUAUAUAUCUUUUGGAAGAAAAAAGGGACACCGUGCUCACCUGCACUAGAAAAAAGGGACACCAUGCUCGCCUGCACUAGAAAAAAGGGACACCAUGCUCGCCUGCACUGGAACAAUCCUUCAUGCAUUACUAAAAUACGUGCAGUAAAACCCUGACACGGCCAUUAAAUGUACAGAAUGUGACGUCAGAAGCCAUUCAAAGUGAUUUUAGAGUAGAAAUGUAGUGCUGUAAUGUUUACUUUCCGCCACAAGAUGGCGUCCUUCAUUCCUUCCUAGUUGAUGAGUCCGUGAGGCGGGAAAAGUUGUCUGACAUUUUUGUUUUGUUGUGAUGUUUGUUGUUGUUGUUGAUGUCGUUCUUGCUUGAGCUCGUCCACACGAAGUCAUUAAAAGAGAAUCCAAGCUUC